AUGGCACAAAGCUUUGCAGAAAGAAGCAAAGAAACAUUGUUACCCAGUAAAGGAUAUUCAGACAACAGAGGAUUUGGUCGCCAUGAAGGUUGUUGGCAAAGGUUUUUUCUAUCUAUUUGUGACAGAGUUGCCAAAUCUUGUAGUGAGUUUCAACAAGCUGCACUCAAGGCGUAUGAAAUGGGUUGGUCUGAUCCAAGAAAAGUGGUGUUUGCAGCUAAAAUGGGUCUUACUCUCUCCUUUGUUUCACUUCUCAUUUUCUUCAGAGAACCAUUGAAUUAUAUUGGUCAAUACUCUAUAUGGGCUAUCCUCACCGUUGUUGUAGUAUUUGAAUUUAGCAUAGGGGCUACGCUAAAUAAAGGAUUUAAUCGAGCACUUGGGACAUUAUCCGCUGGAGCACUAGCUUUGGGCAUUGCUGAAUUGUCAGAGUUGGUAGGACAAUUGCAAGAAGUUGUAAUUGUUCUCAGCAUCUUUAUUGCAGGAUUUUGUGCGACUUAUUUGAAGUUGUACCCUCCAAUGAAGUCUUAUGAAUAUGGAUUCCGGGUUUUCUUGUUGACCUUCUGUAUUGUAUUGGUUUCUGGAAGUUCCCAUUUUGUUCAAACGGCCGUUUCUAGAUUGCUGUUAAUUGCAGUUGGAGCUGGUGUUUGUUUACUUGUAAAUAUAUGUGUUUACCCAAUAUGGGCCGGUGAGGAUUUGCACAAAUUGGUGGUGAAAAAUUUUAAGGGAGUUGCAAAUUCUCUGGAAGGUUAG